AUGGCUGCAGGCAAAGGACACUUCUCAACGGGCAUCCUUCUAAAGGACUACAAGCGGAUCCAAGAAAGCCCCAACGAGUACUACAGCGUGGGGCUUGUGGACGGAAACAUAUACACGUGGGAGGUGCUGAUUUUCGGGCCAAGAAAGACGCCGUACGAAAACGGGAUAUUCAAGGCAGUAAUGCUCUUUCCGGCAAGCUACCCAGACUCGCCGCCGACAUUUCGCUUCUGCUCAAAGAUGUGGCAUCCAAACAUAGAUGAGAAUGGGAAUGUGUGCAUAUCUAUCCUCCACGAUGCAGGGGAGGACAAGUAUGGCUACGAGUCUCUUGGAGACAGGUGGCUUCCUGUGCGGACACCGGAGAGCAUCAUCAUCAGCAUCAUAACGCUUCUGACGUCGCCGAAUUGCGAAAGCCCCGCAAAUGUAGAUGCUGCAAGGCAUUUUAGAGAAAACGAGAAGGACUACAGGAGAGAAGUCAUGAAGCUUACAGCAAUGACACUGGAAGAAUACGACGAUCAAAGCUGA